UUCUGACAGUCGGGGUUUUAUUAAUGUGCACGAAUAAAAUAUUUAUUGUGUUGGUGCUAAGCGCGACCGGAGCAUAAAAACACUCAACGGAAAACCGAGACAUAACUCACCAGGUGAAAAACGAUGGUGGCUAAAUCAGUCUUAAUCAGUUGAAGUAGUGAGUUGAUGGAGAGAGCUUUCAGGCGCGAAGUUGAGCCUUCGAUGCUGACACCUUGUGGUCAUUCACUGAGCUAAGAUGGCGGAAAAGUUCCUCGUCUUGUUUUGUUCAGUUUACGUCCUAAUGCUACUCUGUAGCGUUAUGGUUAGCGGAUUAAAGCUGACGAAGGAUAAGGUACAUCAGUGGGCAAAUCGCACUGGAAGUAACGGGUCAAAAACUAUGGACAAAAUCGCCGGAGUAAAAAUUUUAAAACAGGCUUACGAAAACUUAACGAACGCGACGACAGAAGAGAUAAAUGGAGACUAUGUCCUCGAGAAAAUGAAGAAAGAGAUGGAGGUUUUCUUCAUUCGUAAAUCGUCUUCUUUGAAGAAAUUGGUGGGACAGGCAGAAGAAGCUUAUUGCAAGUACAAUUAUAAUAAAAAUUUGAAGCUUAGUGAAAUAGACUAUCCAAAUUCCAAGCAUCUAGAUAAAUAUUUAAACAAGACUGGCAUUACACUGGAGUACAACUCUACCUUUGAAAGUGAGAUCAGCUUCAACAGGAGUGUAAUACAUGUCCCAACAGAUGUUUUUGAUGGAGCAGCAGAGAUUGUAAAUGGAAUAAAGUGGACAGCAGCCCUAGAGAGUGUUUUUGAAGAAAACCGACUCAAAGAUCCCAGCUUAUCUUGGCAGUACUUUGGAUCAGAUAAAGGAUUCAUGCGAACUUAUCCAGCUCGACGCUGGGACAUUACCAAUGCAGAUAAUGUGGAUUUAUUUGAUGCCAGGAAAAGACCAUGUUUAACAUCAAGGCUAAUGUUCUGAGUUGUAAAGAAGGUGGCCCUGUACUGCUUCAAGCUACAAAGAAGAAUAAAAUUUUUGUCAAGGAGCAAUUGAAGAAUAUAGAGGAUGGGGAUGUUGCUAUGUGGGAAAAAGGAAUGAAAAAAGCAUUUGAACUUUUAAAAAAGGCAAAUAAUUGUUCAGAUUGCCAGGAGGCCAUUAUGGUUCUAAGUGAUGGGACAACAUCCAGUCUUCAUGAGUUUUUUGCCGAGCACAAUCCAAAGAAAAAGGUUCGGGUGUUUACGUUUGCUGUUGGACCUCCUGCUGAAAGCACUGAAGCUUUGCGGGAAAUGGCUUGCAACAAUAGAGGUUACUUUUCAAGAAUUCAGAGUGUCGGAGCUGUACGUGAAGUUAGUGAGAAUUACAUCCGAGUUUUAACCCGGCCGAUGGCGAAGGCUCCUGAGGCGAAUAUAACUGACCAUACAGUGUGGACAAGUGUUUAUUUGGAUGCCUUGGGACUUGGUAUGAUGGUUACGGGGACUCUACCGGUUUUCUACAGCAAAGAAGAUCUCUCUAAUUGCUCUGAGAAAGAUGGAAUGGAAGCUGAAGAAAAACGCGAAGAUCACUUCCUUGGAGUUAUGGGCACAGAUGUUCCGCUAAGUUACCUGGAAGAAUUUAUGUUGCGGCCAUUGGUGGGGCCCAGUGGAUAUAUGUUUGCGAUCAAUAACAAUGGAAUGAUUAUUUUUCAUCCAAGAUUGAAGACAGUGCAAGGUUACUUACAAGACCCACCAGGAGUCGAUCUUGAAGACGUGGAAAGAUCUUUGGAGAGCGAUAAAGUCCAAGAGCUCAGAAAAGCCAUGAUCAACAAAGUUCCCAUCACCGCCGAGGGACCGAGUAGGCCUGGAAACAGUAGCCAGGAAUUUCAAGUCUAUGACUUGUCUUUUGAUGAGUUGCGAAUUACGACGCGAAAAAUGCAAUUUUACUUCAGCGGCGUGGAAGGAACGUCGUUCAGCGAGUUGUUGAAAGAAACGAAUAAGGACAUUCAAAUAGAGAGGUGGCCUGGUGUUAUUGACCUGUUUGUGCGGACCUUCUGGGGUUUAACUCGCAAUCAAAGUAAAUCGAAGGACAAGCAUGAUUCUAGUUCAGACAACAACGUCUUUGGAAGAGUGUUUGGAUCACAAACUCCUAAUGCUUCCAUCAUUUAUACAACACCAUACCCUGCAGCGAAGUGCGAUAAGAACAUCAAUUCUGUGUUCGCUUAUAAAAGAAUAUAUCACAACCGAAGACCUGCUGCUGUUCUUGGUUAUGAGAUGGAAAUGAAGGACUUUGUCGAUAAAUAUCUUGUAAAAACAACAGAGGUAAAGUAACAAACAUGAUUGCUAGCUUGAAUACGUCAUAUUGAGUCGUAACUUGUUAUCCUCGUUGCAAGAACUUUGGUGUCAGACCUGAAGUGAAAAAAACCCACAAGUCUGAUGCUCGACAUUGUUUUUUA